GCUUACAGUCCAAGAAUUAUCCUCCUCACACUCACUGCUGCGCCUGCCAUAUCAGCUGCGCUGGGGGGCUAAGAAGAAAUGUCAGCUCUACUACUAUCAAUGGCUGCCUCCUCGAUUGCUUUGUCUCCGCUUCACACCAAAUCCUCCAAUCUCGCCUCCGCCACUCACAUUCCAUCCACUGCCCACUUGUCGACUAAUCACUUGGCCAAUCUCCUCCUGAAGCCCCUCAAACUCGCGAACCAAGCCACCGUCGUCGUCAGCCGACCCCCAUCGCGCCGCUAUUUCGCCGCUGCAUUUGACGAUUUCGAGGCAGCCGAAGAUGAGAACUCCACUGACGACGAGGACCUCGCGGUUGAAGCCGAUGAUUACGCUCCGGAAAGCGAAGAAGGAGAAGUAGCAGCAGGUGUGAAUGGAGGGUUUGGAUCAAGUGACGAAGGUAGGCUGUACGUUGGAAACCUGCCAUAUACGACGACUUCUGCGGAAUUAAAUGAGAUUUUCGCGGAGGCGGGUCGUAUCGCCAGCGUUGAGGUCAUCUAUGAUCGGGUUACAGAUAGGAGCAGAGGGUUUGGGUUUGUUACAAUGGCGACUGCCGAGGAAGCUAAAGCAGCCAUUCGAAUGUUCAAUGAAUCAGUAAGUUCCCUGCUCUUGCUUUCUUUUGCUUCUCUGUAGUGUCUACCCUUACCCUCAUGGAUAUACUUACAAUGGUAGUGGUGGUGGAUGAGCAGCAAUUGGGAGGUAGAAACAUAAAGGUGAACUUCCCAGAAGUGCCCAAGGGAGGCGAGAGGGAGAUGAUAGGCUCGAGAGUGCGGAGUAGCUAUCAGGGGUUCGUAGACAGCCCUCACAAGGUCUAUGCUGGGAAUCUCGGUUGGGGCGUUACAUCUCAAGCUCUCAAAGAAGUCUUCGCUGAGCAGCCUGGGUACAUGAGUGCCAAGGUCAUCUACGAGAGGGAUACAGGAAGAUCUCGAGGUUUCGGUUUCGUGUCUUUCGAGACUGCUGCAGAUGCUGAUGCUGCUCUGAAUAGCAUGAAUGGGAAGGAGGUGGAAGGGCGGCCUUUGCGGUUGAACAUGGCUUCGGAGAGGCCGCAAUCUUCAUCAGGAUUCAAGUCAACAACCGAAGGCGAUAGCAGCCAAUUGGUUUCGAGCAUCAGCUCUGAGUCUGAGUAGACGUUUCUGCACAUCACUUGCGUACAAUUCAAAGUUCAAAGUAUUUUGUUGCAUCUACCCUUUAACCUUCUAAAGGAGCUUUUUGCCUUCACUAUGCUCCUCCAUCAUGCCAUUCGAAUCGGUUAAACCAAGACAGAACACAAGUAACUUAGUGCCGAGAAGAGCAAGCUCAAGUAUGCAGCUAUUUGUUUCAAAGUAUGGCAUGUGAAUAUGGACGUGGAUUCUGUACAAGAUUGCUACUUAUGAGCCAAAUUAAUAGAGCACCCUUCUACGGCAGAAAAUUGUUGCUCAAUGCAUGACCAUAUAUAUAUAUUGUAAUAUAUUAUAUUUGCAAAAAAUGAGAACUUUUUGAAGACUCAUAUGAGCAAAGCAAGUAUCAAUAAUAACUCUGAAGAACCA